AACUUGAAAUGUGCAAAGGUUUUCCCACAGACAGACGAUCCCAUAAACGAAUCAGCAAUGGCAGAAGCAAGAAAGAGGUAUGCAGUUGUUACUGGGGCAAACAAAGGCAUAGGAUUGGAAACUGUCAGGCAGUUGGCCUCAAAAGGAUUCACUGUAGUCUUAACUGCCAGAGAUGAGAAGAGGGGUCUUGAAGCUGUUGAGAAAUUCAAAGAAUCUGGCCUCUCAGGUCAAGUGGUUUUUCAUCAACUUGAUGUGGCUAACCCUGCUAGUCUUGCUCCUUUGGCAGACUUCAUCAAAACCCAGUUUGGGAAACUCGAUAUCUUGGUGAACAAUGCAGGGAUUGGUGGAAGCACAGCAGAUCCUGAUGCCUUUAGAGCUGUAGUAGAGUCUGGUGCCUUUGUAAGAGGAGUUGAUUUUAGUAAACUAGUGACUGAAACUUAUGAGUUAACAGAAGAAUGCUUGCAAAUAAACUAUUAUGGUGCUAGGAGAACAGCUGAAGCACUUAUCCCACUCCUCCAGUUAUCCGAUUCACCGAGAAUUGUUAAUGUUUCGUCUUUCAUGGGGAAGUUAAACAACAUACCGAGCGGUUGGGCUAAAGUGGUUUUUACUGAUGCAGAAAACCUAACAGAAGAGAGACUAGAUGAGGUACUGACUGAGCUUUUAAAAGCAUUCAAGGAGGGUUCACUUGAAAGUAAGGGCUUUCCUUCUUCUUUGUCAGCCUAUAUGGUCUCAAAAGCUGCACUGAACGCAUAUACUAGGAUUCUAGCAAAGAAGUACCCCACUUUUCGUAUCAAUUCGUUAUGCCCUGGCUUUGUCAAAACAGAUAUAAACUACAAUGUCGGUGUCCUACCUGUCGAAGAAGGGGCUGCAAGGGUUAUGAAGUUAGCACUGCUGCCCAAUGAUGGCCCUUCUGGCUCCUUCUUUGUUGAGUACGAAGUGCAGUUGGCCUCAAAUGGGUUCACCGUAGUCUUAACUGCCCGAGAUGAGAAGAGGGGUCUUGAAGCUGUUGAGAAACUCAAAGAGUCUGGCCUCUCAGGUCAAGUGGUUUUUCAUCAACUUGAUGUGGUUGACCCUGCUACUGUUGCUUCUUUGGCAGACUUCAUCAAAACCCAGUUUGGGAAACUCGAUAUCUUGAUAGUGAAACAGUUGGACUCUGCACAGGUGAACAAUGCAGGGAUUGGUGGAAGCAUAGUAGAUGGUGAUGCUUUUAAAGCUGCUGUAGCCUCCGGUGCCACGGAAAGAGGAGGAGUUGAUUUUAGUAAACUAGUGACUGAAACUUAUGAGUUAACAGAAGAAUGCUUGCAAAUAAACUAUUAUGGUGCUAGGAGAACAGCUGAAGCACUUAUCCCACUCCUCCAGUUAUCCGAUUCACCGAGAAUUGUUAAUGUUUCGUCUUUCAUGGGGAAGUUAAACAACAUACCGAGCGGUUGGGCUAAAGUAGUUUUUACUGAUGCAGAAAACCUGACAGAAGAGAGACUAGAUGAGGUACUGACUGAGCUUUUAAAAGCCUUCAAGGAGGGUUCACUUGAAAGUAAGGGCUUUCCUUCUUCUUUGUCUGCCUAUAUAGUCUCAAAAGCUGCACUGAACGCAUAUACUAGGAUUCUAGCAAAGAAGUACCCCACUUUUCGUAUCAAUUCCUUAUGCCCUGGCUUUGUCAAAACAGAUAUAAACUACAAUGUCGGUGUCCUACCUGUCGAAGAAGGGGCUGCAAGGGUUAUGAAGUUAGCAUUGCUGCCCAAUGAUGGCCCUUCUGGCUCCUUCUUUGUUGAGUACGAAGUGUCAGAUUUUUAAUUGAAGAUGAUCCGUUUAUGCAAAUUAAAAACAUGUCAUUUAUUUGGCAGGAUAUUGAAUUUUUAAUGUAACAAAGUGUAUUUGGACCCAGCACCACCAGAUCCCUUUUAAGUUCUUUCUACAUUCAAUAUGACUCGAGGACAACAUACAAUAGUCCUAUAUGAUUGCAUCUUUGUGAAAUUAUCUUCCACAUAUGGAAUUGA